CGCGGUGCAUUGUGGGCAGAGGGGCGGGGGUUGGGAAGAUGGCGGCUCCCAGCCUCCUCAACUGGAGGCGGGUUUCCUCCUUCACGGGGCCGGUCCCCCGCGCCCGGCACGGACACCGGGCCGUGGCCAUCCGGGAGCUGAUGAUCAUCUUUGGAGGGGGCAACGAGGGCAUCGCGGACGAGCUGCACGUCUACAACACGGUUACAAAUCAGUGGUUCCUACCUGCUGUUAGAGGAGACAUCCCUCCAGGUUGCGCUGCCCAUGGAUUUGUCUGUGAUGGUACCAGAAUACUAGUAUUUGGGGGAAUGGUUGAAUAUGGAAGAUACAGCAAUGAGUUAUAUGAGUUGCAAGCAAGUCGUUGGUUAUGGAAAAAAGUGAAACCCCACCCUCCUUCUUCUGGUUUACCUCCUUGCCCUCGGCUUGGACAUAGCUUCUCUUUAUAUGGUAACAAAUGCUAUUUGUUUGGUGGUCUGGCAAAUGAAAGUGAAGAUUCAAACAAUAAUGUUCCCAGAUAUUUGAAUGAUUUCUAUGAGUUGGAGCUACAGCAUGGUUCUGGUGUUGUGGGUUGGAGCAUUCCAGUGACUAAAGGAAUUGUGCCUUCUCCAAGAGAAUCCCACACAGCUGUCAUAUAUUGCAAAAAAGAUUCUGGAAGUCCUAAAAUGUAUGUCUUUGGUGGAAUGUGUGGUGCUCGCCUGGAUGAUCUAUGGCAACUUGACUUAGAAACUAUGUCUUGGUCAAAACCAGAAACUAAAGGGACAGUGCCACUCCCACGAAGCCUUCACACAGCCAGUGUUAUAGGAAACAAGAUGUACAUUUUUGGUGGAUGGGUUCCACAUAAGGGGGAGAAUAUUGAGACUUCACCUCAUGAUUGUGAAUGGAGAUGUACUAGUUCAUUUUCUUACCUAAAUCUCGAUACAGCAGAGUGGACCACCCUAGUGUCAGAUUCCCAGGAAGAUAAAAAAAAUUCAAGACCAAGACCAAGAGCUGGACACUGUGCUGUUGCGAUUGGCACUCGAUUGUAUUUUUGGAGUGGAAGAGACGGCUACAAAAAAGCACUGAAUAGUCAAGUUUGCUGCAAGGAUCUGUGGUAUCUUGAUACUGAGAAACCGCCAGCACCAUCACAAGUACAGCUGAUCAAAGCCACUACCAACUCUUUCCAUGUCAAAUGGGAUGAAGUGCCUACAGUUGAGGGCUAUCUUUUGCAGCUGAAUACAGACUUGCCGUACCAAGCUGCAUCAUCAGAUUCUUCAGCAGCACCAAAUAUGCAAGGAGUCAGAAUGGACCCUCACAGACAAGGCAGUAAUAGCACCAUUCCUAACAGUAUCAGUGAUACAAUGAACAGUACAAAAACUGAACAUACAGCUAUGAAAGGAACUUCUGUGAAAAACAGACCAGAUCUCAAAGCAUCAACUGAUUCUAAUGCCACUUUACAUUCAUCUUUGGCAACUAUACAUUCAUCUUUGGCAACUAAUGCUUCUAAUCAUAAUAGUUGUGUCGUGGAUGUGCUAAGGAAAAAUGAAGGUCCUCAUACUUCAGCAAAUAUAGGUGUUCUAAGUAGUUGCCUGGACUUAAGAACAGUAAUCCCUGAAACUUCUGUAUCCAGUUCUGUUUCCAGCGCACAAACUAUGGUAACCCAGCAGACCAUUAAAACUGAAUCAUCCAGUACAAAUGGGGCAGUUGUAAAAGAUGAAACUUCACUAACAACAUUCAGUACCAAAUCUGAAGUUGAUGAAGCAUGUGCACUGCCUGCGACUAAGAUCAGCCGUGUAGAAACACAUGCUACAGCGAUGCCGUUUUCUAAAGAGACUCCUUCAAAUCCAGUGGCCACAGUGAAAGCAGGAGAACGACAGUGGUGUGAUGUAGGAAUUUUUAAAAAUAAUACAGCUUUGGUGAGCCAGUUUUAUUUGCUGCCAAAAGGAAAGCAAAGCAUCUCAAAGAUAGGAAAUGCAGACGCACCUGACUACAGUUUACUUAAGAAACAAGAUCUUGUUCCAGGCACGGGAUACAGAUUCAGGGUUGCUGCCAUCAAUGGUUGUGGAAUAGGCCCUUUCAGCAAAAUCAGUGAAUUUAAAACUUGUAUUCCCGGUUUUCCUGGAGCUCCUUCUGCAGUCAGAAUUUCAAAGGUCCUGCCCCUCUUUAGAGAAGAAAAGAUCUGCUUUCAGAAUGUUGAGGGUAUCCAUCUCUCCUGGGAACCUCCAACUUCCCCUUCUGGAAAUAUUUUGGAAUACUCAGCCUACUUGGCUAUCCGCACAGCACAAAUACAAGAUAAUCCAAGUCAGCUUGUGUUUAUGAGGAUUUAUUGUGGUCUUAAGACAUCAUGUAUAGUAACUGCCGGGCAACUUGCAAAUGCACAUAUCGAUUAUACAUCCAGGCCUGCCAUUGUGUUCAGGAUAUCAGCAAAGAAUGAAAAGGGAUAUGGACCAGCUACGCAAGUUCGAUGGCUUCAAGUUAGCACAGAGCUUAAGAAAUUACAAAAGAAAGAAAGAGUACUUUGGGCAAGAUUACGACUUGUGGGUGCUCUGUUAAUUCUUUGUUCUCGAAGACUACUGCUCCUCAGGCCCGGCAGAUCCUCCCCGCCUCCCACCGAAGAUUAAAACCUUAGUCCAAUCCGAAAGGCUUCCUUCCCACCUUCGGGGCACGUCCAGGGACAGCAAGCCGCCAGAUGGCUGCAUUCUCUACGUGUAAGCCAGACUGCGGGGAAACCAAAUCCACUCCUUCCUCCCGGGACCUCGCUUCCUCCCCACGAAGGUGCGCGGGCUGCCCCGGCCCCGCCGCCCGGCCGCCUGUCAGUCCCGCCGGUGCGUGGCGACCGCCCCUGGCGCGCAUCCCCCCGACUCGCCCGCCCAGGCCCCGGGCCCGCGCCCAACGCCUGCCGGCCGCCCGCCCGCUCCGGGCGCCGGGGCACACAAAGCGGCCCGGUCCCGCCAUGCCCCGGCGGGCCAGCGGGCGGGAGGGGGGCGCCCCCGGGAGCUCCGCGCGGCAGCCCGGCCAAGGGCGCAGGGUCGGAGCCGGGGGCCGGGCCAGUGCCCCCCGCCCGGCUCCCCGCACAAAAUGGAGCCGGCCGGGGCGCCGCCGAGAGGGGGCCUGGCGGUGCCCCGGCGCCCCCUCCUCGGCCUCGGGCCCGGAGCUCGGCGGCGGCGAGCCGGAGGCGGCCUGGCCCGCGGCCCGCCGCUCCUCGGCCCGGCGCACAAAGAGCCGCGCCGCGGCCCCGGGCCCGCUCCCCGGCCGGGCCCGCAGCGGGAGCGGCCUCGCAGGCGCCGGCCCGGCCCCAGCCCCGGCCCCGGCCCCGGGCGAGAGGGCGGGCGGGAGGGAGGCGAGUGGCCCCGGCCGCGGCGGCGUUGGCGGCGGGGACGGCGCCGGGAGGAGACGGACAUUUCAUUCGAGCUAAAGUGGAGUCGGUUUAGGAGCGAUCAUUGGCCGAAGCGAGACACAAACCUCCAAUGCAGCCCUGGUUGGCUCCCGUCUCCAAUCGGCUGUUUGGUUGGACAGAAAAUGGCUGCGAAGGAACCAGUCCCAGCGCGGAGCUCCGCUUCCAGGACUCGGCCUCCCCUCCCUCCGCCGCGGGCCGCUUCCCUCGGCGCGACACCCUCCCUCCGCGCCUCCCGCGCGCCCGCCCGCCGCGGCCCCGCCCCGGCCCCGCCCCCGGCCCGCCUCGCCUCCGCCGGGGGUGCCGAGCGGCCGCAGCAGCUGCUGCCCGCAGAGCGGGCUGCGGGCCGCGGCGGGCGGGAGGGUCUUGCAGAGGCCGCGCGGCGCCGGCCGGCGGCCUCCGUGCUCCGCGGGGGCUUCCCGGGGCCGGGACUCGGGCACGCUCUUGAGGUCUCUGCGGGCUUUCUUCCCACGAUGUUUUCCCGGGCCUCUGCGAAGCGUGAUUUCUCAGGCUUCGCUCCCUUUUCCGUCCCCUCCCUCCCCCACGUGAAAGCGUCUCGCCCGCCCGACGAUUUUUUAGAAGGGGAAACCAAGGGCAGAAACCGCCCGCCAGGGCGACAUUCGAGCUACCGGGUGGAUUUGCACGACGGCCACCUCCUGCAAUGCCUUCAGCACCUUGUGUUUUCCUUGUGUGCCUGUAAACGUUGCCAAAUGCACAACGGCUCCCUCUCGGUCACUGAGCUCGGAUAUUCGUUGUUCAGAUUUCAUCUAAAGAUACAACCCUCUCCUUCAGGUUUAACAGGUUGGUCAGUCUAGCCAGCCUUCACCCUGAGUUUAAAAUGUUGCGUUUCCUGUCUCCCCCUCCACCCCCCGCCCCGCACCCCCAGUAGUUGCUACCUGACAUGUGGCUUUUCCCAACCAGAUGAUUAUUUGGGCCGCAAGAAUCCAUGGUCGGUUCUUGCCUCUGCAGCCAGGCUCCCCCGCUGUCUUUCCCUGACUGCAGUGUGGGUCGGACUUCCCUCGCCUGCGACCAUCACAGAUGGGCUGUGAGCCAGACACCACCGCGCACUGCAAAGGGCGGCAGGAUUUCUGCAACGCGAGCCCGCAAUCGCGUUCGCUUUACUUCCACUAAACAAGUGGCCCGGUGCCACAUUAAACUUUCCAGCUUUAAUCAUUUAAAAAUAUAUAGACAUGUUUUAUUUAUAGAGCUCCUACUGUUUCUCCGCAUAUUUUAACAUUUCAAGAGCAAAUAAGGAAGCAAUGACAAGUGAAAGCCUCCAAGUUAUUCCAAGAGGAGUAAGGAGCAAUGCCACCGUGCAAUCGAACACCCUGAUUUGAAUUCCACCUCCCCCUCAUACCGGCUUGUGACCCUGGCCAAAUUUCUUUGCCCCUCCGUGACAAUUUCCUCACCUCUGUAAUGAGACUAAUACUAGCUCGAUACUUCUUAGGAUUGUUUGGAAUUAAAGACAAUGCACAGAGAACGCCCUAAAAAAAUAAGUUGGCCCCUAUCUUAAGAUCUUUAUAUGAUAUGAAUUUCAAUCUCCAUCGAACUUUUAAAAACUGGUAUUUGCUAAAGGAGGAGUAAAAUUGGCCUGCAUUGGACCUCUCCCUGGGUGAUGACCUGUGCAAGUGGAGUUUUCAGAGUGAAAUGAUGUGCUCAAAGACAGGAAAUAUAAAAAAGGAAGUAGUAGGGUUGAGAGAAGUUAUGACUAAUCCACACACUGGAUGAUGAACCAAAAGAUGCAAGAUGACUGCUUUUCCUGAGUUAACAGGCUCUUAUUUCAGUACUGUUGAUCUCACUGACAUGCUUAAUUCCGAUGCAACAAAAAGGUUACUCAGCUCCCACUGUCUACUAGGGGCUGUGCCAGGAGCCCCGGGGUUGCAAAGGUGGAUAAAGCACCCUCCUUACCCUUGGGAGCUAACUCUAAAAGAUAGGGGACCUACUCCAUGCCCCUCUGCUGUUGAACCCCAGGUCAUGCUGGCUUGACAACUGUGUUCUCUGUGCCCUUUACACCUGCAUUCAGGAAGCCCCCCAGUAAAUGUUAUCCCCAUUUUUCAUGAUCACAUGGUGGAAGACAUGUAUCACAGUUUAGUUGUGGAAAAGACAUUGUCUAGACUAAUCCAGACUUUCCUUUUUUUUUUUCCUUGACUGUUCAGAUGUUUUAUUGCUUUUAGACUAAUCUAGACUUUUCAUUAAAGGUCAGAGGACAGGUGAUUGUCUCUUUUACUGGUCCACACACCAUAGCUACCCCUUAACUUAUACCAUUAUUUAUAUGAGUCAUAAUUUGGCAAACAACAAAGCAGAAUCCUUGGCACAAGAAAGACUUCCCGGUUGGAUUUUACUUUAUGACUUUAAUGAGGCCUCAUAGAAUUUCCAUGAUGAUAGCGUCUAGUAUAGAAUGGUCUCUGUUUCCAACUUCCUGAUUCUAUUCUUGCCCCUCUCAGUCCAUUCUCUGCACUCAAGGCCUGGAAAGAUCUGGCUUCCUCUUUUCUCUCCCUCCCCCAUUUAUGCCUCUACCCUUACCCCCCUUCCACCUUCGACUCACACUGGUCUUGGCUCUGCCCCUCCCCCCCCCCCCCCCCCCCCCCCCCGGGCUCUUGUCUUAAGGUCUUAACUGGCUCCUUUUCAUCUCUGAGGUCUUCCUCUUCAAAGAGGCUUUCCCUCACCCCUCCUAAAGUAGCCCCGCCUGGUUACUCUAUAAUGUCAUCUAGUCCUAUCACCUCAUGUGAAGGUAAAUAUUAUUCCCUUCACUGCAAUCUCUUAGCCAAAUUGGAUUACCUUGUUUAUUUGUGGUGUGUAAACCUAUCCAAAACGGGGAUAUUCCCUUCUCAUUCCCCCCCAUGACUACCACCAUCGUUCAAGCCACAUCUCCUCCCACCAGGAUGACGGUCGGCAGUGACCUUCUAACUUCCCCGCUUGCCUACACAGCAGCCAGAGUGAUCCUCUGAAAAUGUAAAUGAGAUCCUGUCACCCUUCUGCUCAGAAAUCCUCCAGUACCUCCCCGGUUCCCUCAGAGUAAAGGACAAAGCCUUUACGGUGGCCUGGCAAAGCGGAGGGUGACAAGUGUGUUCGUUCUAAGUUGAACAAAGGAAAAGACUAAUUGUUCUUUGGUCAUAGUACAACAACCAGAAUCUUUCCACCCAUCAGUGACAACCUCUCACUCGGUGACAGCUUCCCGCUUCAGAAAUUCAGCCAGUCAGCGACAGCCACACUCCAGCAAUCCUGCCUCCUUAGCUAAAGGUCAGCUCAGCCCCCAGUCCAGCUUCUAGAAGUGUGAAUCUCUGAACCCACACUUCCCAAAACACCAUGUAAGACCACAGAUUUCUUUGGUCACAGGCUCUGCCUUACAAUGCAGCUGUCCUUUGCUUAGCAAGAAAUAUAUUCCUUGCUUUUUAUUUGUUUCUGAAUUUCAGAAAUGGUGACCUUUUCACUGGGCAAGACCCUAUGGGAUCUAUGAUCUAUCCCCUCUCCUCUCUCCCUCUAACUUUUACUUUUUCCUUUGCUCACUCCACUUCUUGUUGUCCUUAUUUCUAACAGGAAUGCUCCUGCCUCAGGACCUUUGCAUUUGCUGUUCCAUCUGCCUGGUACCUUCUUUUCUCAGACAUCCACAUACCUCAUUCUCUCAGCUCCUUCCAUUUCUCAAUGAGGCUCACCCUGACCUAAAAAUUGCAAUUCUAGCUCCCUAUCCCCACUCUCCCUUAACUGCUUUAUUUUCUUUUUCAAUGAUACUUAUCACCUGUAACAAACUGUAGAAUUUCCUCAUUUAUUUUGCUUAUGUUUUAUUGUCUGUCUCUUCCCAUUAGAAUGUAAGUUCUAUGAGGACAAGGAUUUUUGCUUUUUGUUCACCAGUGUAUCCCAAGCACAUAGUAGGUACUCAAAAAAUAUUUGUUGAAUGAAUAGAUUUUUAAUAUUUCACCUUAUUAGGACAAGAACUUUUUGAUUGCAAAGAUUUUGUGUUCACCACUGUAUACUUAGUGCCCGGAACAGUGUCUGGCACAUACUGGGAGCUCUAUAUGUCUAUAUGGAAUUGAAUGCAUGAGCAAGGCAUUGGAUACAAUUGUAUUUUAAUUGAUAAUGUAAAUGACCCUGAAAUUACUAAAGCCUGAUAUGUCAUCUCUCUCUGGAGAAACAGUUAAUAAACAUAUUUCAAAUUCUUCAAAUUAU